UGAUGUUCACGGUGGUGGCCAUCGUCUUCCUGCUGCUGUCCUUCUGCGCGUCCGUCUUUGGGAUGAACGCGACCGAGUUCAGCGCCGAUGCGCGGCUGCCGCUGGUGGCGGAGCUGCGCGUCAUGCUCCCCGUCUCGGCCGGCGUCAUCCUCGUCUCGUUCGCGCUGGCCUUCUCGCGCGGCGUCUUGUCCAACGGCGCCGCCGUGCUUGCUCGCCCGCAGCGCGGCCAGCUUCGCGUGGAACACGGCGGCGACCUGGAUCGCCGUCAAAACGGGGCCGUACCUGCUCGGGCGCGAGAUGGUCGUCCAGGUGAACCGGCUCCGGGACCGCGAGGGGACGGUGACGUGCGGCAUGAAGACGGAGGUGCUCAGGAGGGAUAAGAACCUGGAGAGGGUGCGGGCCGCCGCGCACGUCAGGGCCCUGGCGAGGCAGCGGCAGACGCAGCCGUCGGCGGCGGCGGCGAGCCGUGGCGGCGGUCAGCCCGUGUUCCGAGCGUCCACCCAGCAGCUCCAGUCCGUUCAUGCGCAUCUCCAGUGUGAGGAGCGAGGGGAUGGAAGAUGUCGAGUUGGGGGAGAGGAGGUCGCAGAAGCAAAGCUCUCAGAUCCAUCUCGUAGAGGGUAGAUGAGAUGUUUGAUGUACAUGUAGCAGGACUGGUAAGGUGAAAGGGGUUUAUGAAUCAUCAGAGUGUGAGAACCAGGCCUUUGUAAUAAAGUAAUUAAUGUUCCAAAUAUACGGAUUAGGUAGAUGAUAGGUGAUGG